GGCGCUGGCUCGGGCUGGUGGGCGCUGGGUAGGCGGCUCCGCUUGGGGGCGGGGCCUACGCACAGCUGCCGGAGCCCAAAAGAGACGUGCCGUACGGCCCCCUUUGGCUGGCGUUUUUGUUGCCGGGUUCAGUGACCGGCCGGUCGACUGCGGCAGGAGCUCGGGUAUUUUAGGACAGAUCAGACACACCGUAAUGAUGCCUGAAAUAAAUACUGACGGUCUCGAUGAGCAGCAGGUUCUACUUCUGGCAGAGAUGUGCAUUCUUAUUGAUGAAGAUGACAACAGAAUUGGGGCUGAGACGAAAAAGAAUUGUCACCUGAAUGAAAACAUUGAGAAAGGAUUAUUGCACCGAGCUUUUAGUGUUUUCUUAUUCAACACAGAAAAUAAGCUCCUGCUACAACAGAGAUCAGAUGCUAAAAUUACCUUUCCAGGUUGUUUUACCAAUACUUGUUGUAGUCAUCCUUUAAGUAAUCCAGGAGAAUUUGACGAAAAUGAUGCAAUUGGAGUAAAACGAGCAGCACAGAGGCGUUUAAAAGCUGAGUUAGGAAUUCCCAUGGAACAGGUUCCACCAGAAGAAAUUAAUUAUCUAACACGAAUUCACUACAAGGCUAAGUCUGAUGAUGUUUGGGGUGAACAUGAAAUUGAUUACAUUUUGUUUGUGAGGAAGAAUGUAACUUUGAAUCCAGAUCCUAAUGAGAUUAAAAGCUAUUGUUACGUGUCAAAGGAAGAACUAGAAAAUAUUCUGAAAAAAGCAGCCAGUGGUGAAAUUAAGAUAACUCCGUGGUUUAAAAUUAUUGCAGAGACUUUUCUUUUCAAAUGGUGGGAUAACUUAAAUCAUUUGAAUCAGUUUGUCGAACAUGAGAAGAUACACAGAAUGUGAAAGUGGGGAUGAAUGAUUAGUAAAGGCCUGAAAAAUUUCUCUGUAGUGAAUUUAGAAUGAUGGUUGUGUAUUUUGCUUUUAAAUUUGCUUCUUUAUUAGGAGGACUCAGAUUUGAUACAUUGAUGCUUUUACGACUAGAAUAUGUGUGAAAAGGACUUAAUUUUGUAUCACAUACUCAUACAUAUGCACUGCUGUUUGUAAGAGAAGACAUGAGAGAGUUAAAAAAAGAGAGAAUAAAUAAAAAUUUAACCUGUCCAAAAACAUGUCUAUGACAUAUUUGAACUAGUAAGCAAAGCUCUUCAUUUUUUAUAUUGUUGUGAUAAAUGUUUUCAGAAUAUUUGUUGAGCACUUUGCUAUUUGCUGGUCGCUUUAUGUAUCACUGCAUUCUUAUCGUGGUCCAGAAAAAUGUGCAAAGGAAACUACUUGUUUAGCUACUUUAAAACAGUCCUGAUUAACUUUCAGUAUUAACAGAUUAAACUAGUCAAGCAGGUUAAAGGGAAAUUAAAUGUUACAUACCCUAAUUUCUAUCAUUCUAGGUUGAUUUUGUGGUUUAAUCAUUCUGAAAUUAUCUUUUUGAUAUUUAAAGUCAACCAUUGAUUUUGUUCGUAAGCAGGAAUGGAUACUGAUUAGAUUAAAUCUUCUUUUAAAUAAACCAGAACAAAAACCUGUUGCCGUCAAGUCAAUUCUGACUCACAGUGACCCUGUAGGACAGAGUAGAACUUCCUGUAGAGUUUUAAAAGCUGUCGUCUUUACAGAGGCAGACUGGCAAAUCUUUCUUCCAUGGAGCAGUUGGUAGAUACGAACCACCAACCUUUCAGUUAGCAGUCAAGCACUUAACCACUGCGCCACUAGACUUAUUAAAUAGUCUGCCAAUGAGCAAAGUAUGUGUUUUCAGAAUUACAGUCAAGAAAGGCUAUUCAUAAAGUGGUAAUUAGGUCGUACUCUGCAACAGAGUUUCUUAAUGUUGACACCAGUUACAUUUGGGGCCAGAUAAUUCUUUGUUUUGGAACCCAUCCCAUGAACUGUAGAAUGUUUAGUAGCACCCUUGGGUUCUACCUACUAGAUGCCAGUAGCACGCCUCCCAUUUGUGACAAACAAAAAUGACACCAGACAUUGCCAGAUGUCCACAGGGGGUGGGAAGGAGGCAGAGUUGUACAAAGUCAGGCAUAUUGUAAGGGGGAGUGGGGGGAGAAGAACAGAAAAGGCUAACAUUCAAGUUAAAUAGAGUCAAGUUAUGGAAUAGAUACGUAUUAUUUAAGUUUGUAUCUUGACUUACGCAGUUUUUUAAACUAUUGGCCAUAGGUUUCUUAGAUUUGAAAUCUUAGGACAUCUUUAUUAUCCUUAAAUGCUAUGUAAUAAUAAAUAAUGAAGAAAAAAAUUUGUUUCUUACAAAGUUAAGCAGUUUAUAAAUUCAGUAUAAAAAAUCACUUCUUGUUAAUCCUGAACAGUUAACUUAAAAUUUUAAGCAAGACUAUUUUAUGUAGCAAAUAUUUUAUUGAAAAAUAAAAAUAAUAAAAAUGUAGCACAUUUUUAUGCUAUUGUCUAGAUUGUUAAAUUUUUAAUAGAAUAAUCUUCCUGUAAUAGCUUAAGCAAGAUAAAUGCUAGAUAGUUUGAAAUGAAUUUAUAAUAUUAUUUCUAGUUCUUUAGUUUCGCUUUCUAGGAAGUUUGAGGCUGAAAGCCGCACAUAAUUAGCUGCUCAGUAGCCACAUGUGGCUAGUGUGUACUGUAUUAGAGAGUGAAGCCUUAGACCAUUACCUGGUACUUUGUAAGUGUUACAGCAAGUUGGGUCUGUUGUAAUGUCCCCCACUUCAUUUCUUAUUUGUGUUAUUUGCAUGCUUUCUUGUUUUUCUUCUGUCAGUUUGGCCAGUGGUUGUCGAUUUCAUUUACCUGUCAACCAACUUUUGCUUUUGUUGAUUCUUUUAUUUUCUGUUCUCUAUUUCAUUUAUUUCUACUUUGAUCUUUAUUAUUUCCUUUCUUCUGAUGGCUGUGGGCUUCUUUUGCUGUUACCUUUCUGUU